CACUACCAUCGCUACUAUCAUCAUUACCAUCUUUACUAUCACCACCUACAUGGUCAUCACCACAAACAUCACUAUCACCAUCUCCAUCAUCAUCACCAUCACCACCAUCAUCAUCAUCAUCAUCAUCAUCAUCAUCAUCAUCAUCAUCAUCAUCAUCAUCAUCCUUCUCCUCCUCCUCCAUAUUAUCUGUGUUUUUUUUAUAACAUGCAUAUUUUGAUAUUUUCCAUUACAAAGGAUUCGGCAUAUGUCAGCAAUGUUGAGGCCCUGAAAAACCCCAAUUAUUCUGAUAAAGCUUCGAUCAGACGUAAAACAGUUGGCAGUAGCAACCCCUACAUCGAGAACACGGCAAAAGCAGCAUCAGUUAAUGAAGAGAUUCCAUCAGAAAAUAAAGGAAGGAAGAUGCUGGAAAAAUUAGGCUGGAAUCCAGGAGAAUGUUUAGGCAAAUCAAACCAAAAUAUAACAGAACCUGUAAGUAUAUAUCUAGUGAUAGGAUUUGUCUAUGAGACAACGUUUUUGGAUAAGAUUAUUUAGUAUAAUACCAAUAUAAUAGAUGAUGAUGAUGUAUUGAUAAAGAAUUUGGUAUUUCUUUUAUUUCACAUCUGUUUUGCAUGUUUCUGUGAUUGGUAAUUUGUGACCUUCAAUCAUAAAAUAGUAGUGGAACCUUUUCCUCUUUUCUUUUUUUUUUUUUUUGUCAAAAUAACUGAAACAAAUUAUUUGUUAUGAACAAACCCCAAAAUGUUAGAAUUCCCCUCUCUUCACAACGCACUAACAUAUUUAGUUUUAGUUUUGCAAACAUUUUUACACAAUUAAGAGUUAUGUACCUUGCUCAGUAACACAAAAAUACAAUGCGGUUUGAACUCUCAACGAUGUGGUUGGUAGCUCAGCUCCUUAACUCUGCAGCUAUUGCACUUCUGUGGUGAGUAAAACUGGGAAUUGAUUUGUUAGAUCUCAGAAAACCACAAAAUUUUGUCGAGUUUAAAAUCAAAUCACUAACAUCACAUAUGGCUCUAUGUGCAGCCACUGCUGUGUGUGGCCCAGUGUGGCCACGGUCGUGUGCACUCUAGUGUCUUGUAAGUGAAUCUGGUUGAAAAAAAAAAAAACUGUAAAAAGCCUGAUGUGUAUGUGUGUCUGAGUGGGUGAGCGUAUGCGUGUGCACGCGUGUGUGUAUUUAUAUAUAUAUAUAUUUUCAUAGGUCAUUUUCAUAGGAAUUUUCAAUGACCAGAUAACUGAAGAGAUGGUGGCAUGGGUUUCCGCCCUGGCAUCUGAAACUUGGAGUUUUAUCAUGGCUACCGAAUA